AGUUAAACUCUGCAGUGAACUCUGUGCUCUGUUCUGCGUCUUUAAAGAUCUUACACCGAUUUUUUUUUACCGAAAAUGAAGUCGUUAUCGUUCCUCAUACUCACCACGAUGUCGAUGUUCGGUACAUCAACAGCCUGGUUCUGGCAUUGGAAUAUUUUCAAACCUUGGAAUUGUUUGAAUGAUGAAACAGAGCCAGGGAAAAGGUGGACAGACUUGAAAGUGACCUUCAGGAAAUUCAGUAGUUUACCUGAAACAAUGCGUGAUGCCGAGAAAGGAGGUUGGAAGAAAACCGCAUCAUGUAAUGAUGUAUCGUCGUACUUCCGUGGCAAUCGUUACGUCCUUGGCAGCGAUACGUCAACCAUGGUGCUUUACGAUAGCAAAGGAGAUUUCGCAGGAAUACAGUUUGGGAUAGCAAAAUCCUUGGCAACCCACAAAAGUUUCAAGAAAAGUCACUGGAAUGAGGAAGGGGAUUCUUUUGUGAUCACAGCCUACUUUACCCACCCCUCGCGUAUUUGCCAAGGAGAACGUACCAAAGACAAUUUGUUUAUUCAAACCGGACCAACUCCAAAUGAUUUGAUGAGUAUUCCUUACGAGGAAAGUAAUCUUGGCCCCACACCUUGGGUGAAAGGAAAGUGUUUCUUAUUGAUGGGUCAACAUUACUGGUUCAAUGUAUCCAAAGAUAUGAGUUGCGAUGAUACGUUCCCAGUGUUCUUGUUGUACAACAAGCAGAAAUUGAUAGGCUUUGGUUGGGCAAUGAUUGCCGACCUUCAAAAAACCAAACGUGUUGAACAUCCAAGCCAAAGUCAAGUUAAGUACUUCUUUGACGAAAAGACACAACCAAAGUGCUUGGCGGAACAAGGAAUCAAGCUCACCACUCAACACGUCUAUUUGAAAAAGUAUCCAUGGUUCAUCAUUUGUCCACUCUUCGGAUAGAUGCAUGAAAUGAACACACUGGGAACGGAAAAUUUUAUGACAGUUCUAACAGACUAGUAUACUAGUCUAGUUAAACUUAUUGGGCGUUAUAUAUUAAAAAUUGUUUCAAGUCAAUA